UUUUAAUGCGCAAGAAGUAGAGAGAGGGUUCGUCAAAAUGGCGACAAGUGCCAAAAAUUCGUUUAACCAUUAUCAAAAUGGAAAAUAUGGCACUUUACCGGGGAAUCCGAAUAAUAAUUCGGAGGUUACACAAGAUAUGCAUCUUAAGAUGUCAAAGAAAAUCGCACAGCUCACAAAAGUUAUAUAUGCACUAAACACCAAAAAUGAUGAACAUGAAGCAGUCGUACAAACACUGAAGGAGCAGCAUGAAGAACAAAUACAGCAGUUGUUGUCCGAAACGAGAGAGAAAAUCAUCAAGUUCAAACAAAAAAUUGAUAGUGAAAGUGACCACAAACACACCAUAUCCAACCUACAGAACUGUGUGGCAGAGCAUGAAAAGCACAAAAAAGAAGCUCUCAGCAAGUUUGAGAACUUUAAGAGACAAGCUGAGGAACGUGAGACCAAACUUAAAACAGAACAUUCACAGAAAUAUCUGGAACUGUCCCAGGAAGUCUUGGCAGCGAAACGUCAUUUUGAGGACCAGUUGUCUAAGUUUGAAUUAUGGAGGAAAGAAGUGGAUUCAGAGAAAGAGAAAAGUUUGGAGGAGCAGAAAAAAAUCCACACCAAGGAAAUGGAUGAACUCCGUGAUUUCUUCCGAUCCCAGAACAAUGACUGGUUAAAUGAGUGUGCUAAAAUAGAGGAUAAGUAUAAGGCUGAGUUAGAGGGACUGAAAACACAAUGUGACUCACUGAACACUGAAAAACAGAAACUCACAGAGGACUAUGAGUCCAAACUUGCCAAGGCCAAAGCUUUUUAUGAGAAGGAGUUGGAAGUGUUACAAAAUGCAAAAGACAGUUCUGUGGAAGAUGUAGUGAAUCGCUAUAAAGAAGAACAAGAAAAACUGAAAAAGGAUUUCUUGUCACAGCAAAAGGAGCUUAAACUUCAGAUUGAACGCCUUGUAAAUGAUUUGUCAGUCAGCGAGGAAAAUGUGGACAAAUUACAAAAAGAACUGAAGGGUCUGAGAGAGACAAUGAAAGAUAAAGACUCCACAUCAUCUGGACUGUUCAAACAGUUGCAGGAAGCCAAAGUGGAGGCAACAGAUGUCAGUAAGAGGCUGAAGGAGCUGCAGUCUGAGCUGGUGGCCACCAAAGAGAGGUGUAGUCAGCAGGCCGAGGACCUCCAGAAAAAGUCAGUUCAUAUUGGCCAGUUGGAAGGAACAAAUGUUCAAAAGACUUCAAAGAUUAAAGAAUUGGAAGAUGAGAUAAGAAAACUUAAAGACAGACUUAGCUGGCUCGAGUCAGAACGCAAAUCACUGGAGAAUCAGAAAGAUUCCCUCACAGAGAAUCAGAAAUCACAGCUCAAGUCACUAGAACAGUCCUUAGAGGACCUGUCUAUUGAGAAACAGACAAUGAUGACAAGGCUGGAGAGGGAAAUUCAGAGUCUGAAGGAAAAAUCAGCAGCCAAAGAAAAAGAGCUGACAGACAAACACACACACGAUGUACAGCAACUCAACAAAGCUCACUCAGAGAGUCUGGAGAUGACCAAACAAAAGGCAGAGACUCAACUGACUCAAACCAAAGAGGAAAUGUUGAAGAAGUACCAUGAAGAUGUGGAGAGAUUGAACAAGGAUAAAUCUUCGUUACUGGAUGAGUUUGAACGAACCAAGCAGGACUUGAUAAACAAACUGGCAGCUGCAGAAUCAGAGGUCCAGAGACUAGAGAAGAUUGUCCGGGAGAGUGAGAGUGGCCUGGGCACAGCCUCCAGCCAGAUCACCAGUCUUAAGGACGCCUCCCACAGAUUACAGUCAGAACUAGAGAAAACCAGAGAGGAGCUCCGAAUGUCUAAAACUAAUGCUGCUAAUUUCAAGGUACAACUAGACAAGCUUCAGAAUUUGUACGAUGCAAAAAUGAUAGAAGCACAGGCAGAACUAAAAACCAAACUCGAGAAAUUAUCAGCAGACUUAGAAGGAAAAUGGUCUGAUACACUCAAGAAAGAAACAACAGACCUGCGACGGGAACUGACACAGCAAAAAGAAGAGGAGAAGAAGGCAGCCCUAAAUCAGCUAUCACGACUGAAAGACGAGGAAAUCGCCGCCUCUAAACGGGGCUGGGAGAACAUUAUUAACGAGCUACAGAAACAGGUGAAUGAGUUGAAGAGCAAACUAAACAAUGCUCAGACAAUCAGCGCUGGUGAACUUGAGAGACUCCAGAGAGAGGCUGCGGAGGAAAAGCGCCGUCUAGAGGAGAGAAUGGCUCAAGCUGCGGAGGAAUUCGCUCAGGAAGUUGCUGCCAUUGAAGCUAAGCAUGCAGCAGAAAUACAGGCUCUCAUCAAACAAAAGGAAGAGGAAAUUCAGGAGCUUGAGACCAGUCUGAAGUCCAGACACAUAGAUGAGAUGCAGACCUCCAUCACAGCUCAUAAAGCGGCCCUGGAGGGCCAGAAAUUGGAGGCUGAGAGACUGAAGCAGCAGGCCCUAGAGGAACAGAAAAAUGCCCACAACAAAGUGUUAGAGACAACUAAGGAGCAGCUACAUGAGCGUCACAUGACCCACAUGUCAGAGGUCACGUCGUCACAUGAGCAGCAGCUGGAGGCUGCUAGACUGGAGCUAGAGAGAGCCGUGGAAAUCUCUCACCAGAGGGACCGAGAUCACGGUAUGCAGAUAGAGGAACUGAAGGCAGAGAUAACACAGAGGGAGAGGCACAUCAAAAACUUACAGGAGGAGAUUCAGAAACUCAAGGACAACAUUGACCAGCUGAUGAGAGAGCUGGAACAAAAGGGGAAGGAUAUCGUCAAAAUCCGCAACGACGCAAACCUACAGCUCAAGAAAAAAGAGGAAGUGCUGAACAAGCGCCACCUACAACAGUUGGAGAAUGUUAAACAGGACUUUUCUCGGGAGUCAGAGUCCAUGAUGGCGGAAUUUACAGAGGCUCAGGACAUACUGAAGGACAAGAUAUCCGAGCUACAGAUCAUGUUGGAGGAGGCUGAGGAGAAGUAUAAUAAUCGUGACUCGCGGCCCGAGGACCUGGAACUAAUACAGCAGCUGAGGGACGCGAUCUCCGAGAGAGAGGGACGAAUGAAACAACUCAUCGAUGAGAAGAGAUAUUAUCAACUGGAGCUGGUAAACAGGGAAACUAACUUUAACAAGGUGUUUAACAACACGACCAACGUUGGAGUCAUUAACCCGCUGGCUAAGAAACCCAAGAAGGGAGAGAAGCCUGCUGUGUCCAAACAUUCCAGUCAACCCAACCUAGGUAGUCAUCGCCUGGACCCCCUCCCUAACUCCCCCAUGCACCACGACCCACUGAACCCCUCCAAACCUCUGCCAUCCUUCACCAAGAAAUUUGUCAAAUGAUGAGACACUCUGUGAUAUUUCUAUAGUGCUAGUCUAUUUAUGAGUGUGACCAUAAACAUGUAGAGCCAGUAUGGACAUUAUAGGAUUUAUAAUGGUUGAGGUGUAUAGAAAGACCAAAAAAUCUAAUGGAAAAAGACCAUUUAGAGCAUUUCUGUGUCUUCACGUAACAGCCUGGAAGAAGUGGGGAUAGAAUGAAAAGUCAGCUGAAAUUCUGUGUACACCUAAGUCUGCUGAAGUAAGGGAGGAGGAUGGGAAGGUUCUGUCUUGUAUUUGCACGCGUAUGAAAAAGUUUUUCGUUGCGACUUACCCUCACACACAAAGAGAACACUGGCGGGCUCAGCCGGCCAAUUGUGUAGUCCAGUGUUAUCAAUGUAUGAAAGCUAUUCUGUGAUAUAAACAUAUUAACUCAGUAUUGCUGACUCUUGUCUGCAUUUAUCGUCAUUGUCCGUCCAACAAACCUGUUGCUGUGAUCAAUUCAUUUGCUUUGCUCUUGUUAUUCUUUUGUUUAAUCUUCAGAUUUUUAUUUGUGAACAUUCAUGAAAUUAAUUUUUAUCAUGCGCAGAGAUGCAUACUGAUUUUAUAUCUAUGAUUUUUAUGAUGAAUGUUUCCCAGAGCUGCUGCAGAUUAAGGAAAACAACUAAUGUGUUAUUGUAAUGUUAUUUACUGUUUUGGAGAAUUGUUUGAUCAUGUUAAGACUAACAAUUGAUUGGUCAAUGGGAAUAAAAAAAGUAGACCAA